AGAGCGGCGAGCCCCUCCGCGGCUCGGGGUGAGUCGGGCGGGGGGCGCAGACCGCGCUCUGACGUCGGGGGCGGAGCGGCCGUGACGCGCGGGGGCGGGUCUGCGCACCUUCCCGGCCUGACCGGCGAUUCAUUCAAAAGGCGCACAGGCUGCGCGGCUGUCCGGGCGCUCGCCGAGCCGGGCGCGGCGCCGAGUUGAACGGGGAGCCGAGCUGGAGCUGCCGCGGCGCGGCCAGGCCGGCGACCACGAGGGGCCUGAGGAUGAAGCCAAGUCUGCUGUGCCGGCCCCUGUCCUGCUUCCUUAUGCUGCUGCCCUGGCCUCUCGCUACCCUGACAUCAACAACCCUUUGGCAGUGCCCACCUGGGGAGGAGCCCGACCUGGACCCGGGGCAGGGCACAUUAUGCAGGCCCUGCCCCCCAGGCACUUUCUCAGCUGCAUGGGGCUCCAGCCCAUGCCAGCCCCAUGCCCAUUGCAGCCUUUGGAGGAGGCUGGAGGCCCAGGUGGGCACGGCAACUCGAGAUACACUCUGUGGAGACUGCUGGCCUGGGUGGUUUGGGCCUUGGGGGGUUCCCCGCGUUCCAUGUCAACCGUGUUCCUGGGCACCUCUGGGUACUCAUGGCUGUGAUGAGUGGGGGCGGCGGGCCCGACGUGGCGUGGAGGUGGCAGCAGGGGCCAGCAGCGGUGGUGAAACACGGCAGCCUGGGAACGGCACCCGGGCAGGUGGCCCAGAGGAGACAGCCGCCCAGUACGCGGUCAUUGCCAUCGUCCCUGUCUUCUGCCUCAUGGGGCUGUUGGGCAUCUUGGUGUGUAACCUCCUCAAGCGGAAGGGCUACCACUGCACGGCGCACAAGGAGGUCGGGCCCGGCACUGGAGGUGGAGGCAGUGGAAUCAACCCUGCCUACCGGACUGAGGAUGCCAAUGAGGACACCAUUGGGGUCCUGGUGCGCUUGAUCACAGAGAAGAAAGAGAAUGCUGCGGCCCUGGAGGAGCUGCUGAAAGAGUACCACAGCAAACAGCUGGUGCAGACGAGCCACAGGCCUGUGUCCAAGCUGCCGCCAGCUCCCCCGAACGUGCCACACAUCUGCCCGCACCGCCACCAUCUCCACACCGUGCAGGGCCUGGCCUCGCUCUCUGGCCCCUGCUGCUCCCGUUGUAGCCAGAAGAAGUGGCCCGAGGUGCUGCUGUCCCCUGAGGCUGUAGCCGCCACUACUCCUGUUCCCAGCCUUCUGCCUAACCCGACCAGGGUUCCCAAGGCUGGGGCCAAGGCAGGGCGUCAGGGCGAGAUCACCAUCUUGUCUGUGGGCAGGUUCCGCGUGGCUCGAAUUCCUGAGCAGCGGACAAGUUCAAUGGUGUCUGAGGUGAAGACCAUCACGGAGGCUGGGCCGUCGUGGGGUGAUCUCCCUGACUCCCCACAACCUGGCCUCCCCCCUGAGCAGCAGGCCCUGCUAGGAAGUGGCGGAAGCCAUACUAAGUGGCUGAAGCCCCCAGCAGAGAACAAGGCCGAGGAGAACCGCUAUGUGGUCCGGCUAAGUGAGAGCAACCUGGUCAUCUGAGGGGUGGUCUAGUCUGAGGACACUGCGGCCCUGCCCUGGGAGGUUCCGAAGGCUUCCUGGAGGAGGUGGAGCUGCAGCUGGGACUGUGAGGACCGAGAAGCAAUGGCCCAGCAGACGAGACAGCAAAGACCAAGGCCUGGAGGUGGGAGCGUCCGCCCCAGUGAGGAGGCAGGUGGCCGGCGGGCACUGUGUACAGGAGCAGGCUGAGCCCCGCCCCCGGCCCUGCUGCCAUGUUGCUCCCCUGAAGGAUGCCCUGACCCCCGUGCCUGCCCUGGCUGGAUCCUAGGAGCCCACGGGAUUCUCUGUAUCAUCAGAGGCUGGGCUUGGCAGAGGGGAGGGGCCCGUGCCCGUCACCCCUGGCCCCAUUCCUUGGUAAUUAGCCACACCCUUGCCUCUGUACAGGGCCCUAGAGCAGAUGUGCAUCCCCCUCCUCUUCUAGCAGGUCUAUAAAGGGAAGGGGCAGCAGAAAGUCCUGGACUAGGAGAGUGAGUCCCUGGGUUCUAAUCUUGGGCACGUCUGUGGCCAUCGCUGGGUCCAUUUUUCUGACUGUGAAGUAAGGAGAGACGUCUCAGUACCCAGGGCCUCUUCAGCUCUUUGUAGGUUCUGGGCUGGGUUGUGGGGGACUGGGGAGCUGGGCUCUACCAUCCCUCCCAUUAGUAGCUUUAUCCAGCCCCAUUUUUGCUGCUUCCAGGGCCUCUGCCUUCAAGGCCCCCAUGGGGCUGUCCAUCCAUGGCUCUGCCUACGGAAGGGGCUUAAUGCAUGUGCCUGCCCCUCCCCCAGCUGUUUUUAAUGAAACUGAAAAAACAGACUUGAUCCCGGCAGGACUGUGAUACAGAGCCCUAGCCUGCCCAGCCAGCCCCAAGAUCUCAGGAGCUUUAGAGAGAAGACUUGGUGGGGCUGGAGCACACCUCGGGCCUCAGUGGUUUCUGUGUCCCUGUGGUGCUAGUGCUUCUGGGCAGUGCAGGCGGCUGCCAGGCCCAGCCCUGACCUCCACUCUGGCUCAGCAACCUGGUUAUUUAUGUGGGGCCGUGCAGGCAUGGGCCCACUGCCUGUCCGUCCUGUUUCUCUUAUUUAUUGAAACUCACCAUUGCCCUAUCCUUGUGUCUCCACCCCCUUCCAUGUGUUGAAUAAUAAAAGGUGGGAAAGUGCUGUCACGAGGAGCUCCUUUUCUCUGUGCCCUUUCCAGCUUAUCCGCCUGUUCCACUUGUACCUGUCCAGCCCUGCCCUGUGUUGGGCACCGUGACAGGCUGCCCUCCCCUCACAGUUCCUGCACCUCAGCAGCCAGGGAAGCAGGGCCCAGAGGAGACCCAUCAACUCAUCUGGUUCUCACCAAAGCCCCUAGCUAGAGGCAGGGCUGUCCCACAGAAAUAGUGUGAGCCACAUAUGUGACUUUAAAUUUUCUGACAAUCACAUUUCAAAAAGUAAAAAGAAGCAGGUGAACUUAAUUUUUUUUUAACCCAGUCUAUCCAAAAUAUUUUCAUUUCAAUAUAAAAUCAGUAUAAAAAGUGUGAA